AAAUUUAUUUAAAAACUUAAAACAAAUAUCUAAAGAAAAUAUUUGAAAAGUGUUUUCUAUUUAUUUUCAAAGAAAAAAACAUAAUUGCAGUUAAUUAACAAAAAUUAAUAUUAAAAAAAGGGGUAAUGAAUUCAACCCUUUUUUUGUUCAGCAAAACAACAGGAACCCAUUGAAUUGAAAAAACGUUUAGAAGAAGUGCGUCUGCUAGAAUCGCGACGCUCAGCACGUUUAGCCGAUCAGGAUCGAGAUACAGAUUUUGCACGUUUAGCCGACAUGGGUGGAGACAGGCGUAAACCAUCACACAGUAUUGAGGUGCCAUUAUCGACAACGCCACAACAAAAUUCACGUAAACGUCCGCCAUCAUAUGCACAUGACAGCAUUAAUGGCGACAACUACGAUGAAGAAGAAAUGAAUGAAAAUAAUGCUGCCAUGAUUUUGGUCACACUCUCAUUAUCUCCAAAGUCACCGAAAAAUGGAGAUAAAUGGCUGGGUUCUAGUCCCGGCAGUUCAUCAGCCUCCUGGAGUUCGGGUUCAUCGUCGCCGCCUUUAAGCGAUGAUGGCCACAAUAUGGGUGUCAUAACAAAUAAUGAUUCAGCCAGUGCCCGUAUACGCACCACAUCAGUGUCAACCUCCGAUGAAGGUAUCGUUGUUGACUUUAAAGAAGAUGCGCCACGUAAAAAGAGGGUAAGUUGCUUCCUGCAAAACAUAUCUCAAGUGAUAACGACCACUUGACCUUGUCUUCAAUUAAGUAAAAAUACAUUUUAAACCCUAAUUAUGUUAACACCUUAUUACUGGAGUCACUACUUAAGAGUUUGUAACAAUAUUCCCUUAAACUAUCAUAAAAUAUAAAAAUUUAUUACAAAAUACAAAAAAAAAAAUAAGUUCCUAAAAAAACCUUAAAGAACAACAAAGAGGCACCCCUAAAACCAUAAGCAUCAAUCAUUGUUGAAAAAAUCAAUUAGCCAUUACAGAAAGCUUAAACAACAUCAUUACUAUAGUUUAUACAGACACAAAAUAAUUACGCAAAAUCACGAAUCAACAUCUUUUACUGGAAAUAUUUUUGGUGGUAUAAAUGGAAAAUAAAAACCAUGACCACUCCUUUUCAGUUAUAUAUAGUUUUUUCCACUUUUUGCUUAUUACCCUGGGCUGCAACAACAACAACAUGAUAUAUGAUAUAGACUCUAUAUGAGGCAAGGCUUAAAUAUGUUUAUGAAUAUGUAAUCACAACAACAAAAACAACAGUAAAAAGGGGCACGAACAUCAUUAUUAACAUAUAUAGAAGACCAACCAACUGACGGACAAACUUGCAAGCAUAAGAGUCAUUUAAAAGAUUAACUUUAACUGAAACUGAAACAGUAGCAAACUUACAAAACAGCAUUAAUUUCUUUUAGUUAUUUUAACAACAGUCAUUACCAUCAAUAACAAUAAAUUGUUGCUGGAGUUAAAUUUUUUGUUGCUUUUAUUCUUUUGUUAACAAUUUCCUAAAGCUUGGUUGCCUGACUGCCUGCUUUUUAUUAAGCGUAGUAGUGGUUUGAAAAGUAUGAUCGAGCAUAUUUUGAAGUGGUUAAAAACAAACAGCAUAAAAAGUAAUAUAAAAGAUUUAUUAAUUAAUUUUCGGCAGGGUUUUACUUGAGGCGAAAUUAAUGAGUUAUAUUAAGACAUUAUUUUAAAAAUGUCAAGUUUUGUAAGAAGAAGGAAAAAAUUAUGUCAAAUGGUUUAUUAAUGGAAAACAAAAGCAAGAAAAGCUUUCAUUAUUUGGGAAAUAUUUAGCAAAUAGUUUUUGUUAUAAAAAUAAAUAUGCAUUCAAUUAAUAAAAACUAGAAGUUCUAGAGUCUCUUAUAACACGAGCUAUUUAAUUUAAAAGCCUAAAGCUCGCUUUACAUACUAAAAUUUAAAAUGUUAAAGCUUCAAUCGUAUAUACAUAUCAUUGUCACAAAGAAACGUUUUUAAAGCUAACAGGUUGUAAAAUAAACUCUUAAUAUUGAAAAAGCUUUUUCAAAACACGACAUAAAAGCUUUUGAAUUUUCCAGCCUCGAGAUCAAACUUAUUUUAAAAGCUCAAACUUUGCUUUUUGAGCAACUUUAAACUUUCAAUAUCAGGAAAUAGAUAGAAUACUAAAAAAGCUUUUAAGAAAUCCUUUCCCCAUAUUCGUAAAUAAAUUUUUAUUAUAUAAAAGAUUUAUAAAACAAAAUCGCAACGUUCUAUCUGUAAAACUUUUGAAAAUUUCCUUAAGAAAGCUUUUUACAGCUUUUUAAAAUUUCAAAUGCAUAAAAGCUUUGUAGUUAUACUAUCAUGAAAGCUUUAGAAAAUUUCCUCCAAAAUACUUUAUUACAGCUUAUUACAUGUUUAAGAGCUUUAAAGCUUUGUAUACGUGCUUUAUUGGAGAAAGCUUUUUUAUACCUUAUUAAAAGUUCAAGAGCAUACAAGCUUUGUAGCUCUUCCAUAUUGAAAGCUUUUAAAAACAUUCUGCCGAAAGCUUUUUUGCAGCUUAUUUAUAGGUUUGCUUUGUAGGUACUCUAUCAUGAAAGCUUUUGCAAAUAUCUUUGAGAAUGUUAUUUUAAAGCUUGUUCACAGUUCCCUAUUUCAAUUGCAUAAAAACUUUGUAGUUAUGCUAUCUUGAAAGCUUUAGAAAAUUUCCUCCAGUAUUCUUGAUUACAGCUUAUUACAUAUUAAAGAGCAUUAAAGCUUUGUAUGCGUGCUUUAUUGCAGAAAGCUUUUUUAUAACUUAUUAAAAGUUCAAUAGCAUACAAGCUUUGUAGUUGUUCUAUUAUGAAAGCUUGUUCACAGUGUACUAUUUCAAUUGAAUAAUAGCUUUGUAGUUAUGCUUUUAAAAAUUUACUCCAGAAUGCUUUUGUGCAGCUUAUUAUAAGUCUAAUAGCAUUAAAGCUUUGUAGAUGUACUUUAUUGCAGAAAGCUUUAUCAACAGUUCAAUAGCAUACAAGCUUUGUAGCUGUUCUACUGUGAAAGCUUUUAAAAAAUAUCCUGCAGAAAGCUUUUUUGCAGCUUAUUUAAAGGACAAUAUCAUAUAAACUUGGUAUCUGUUGUAUGAGAAAAGCUUUCUAAAAUGUUAUCUAUAAAGAUUUUAUACAAUUUUAUAACAGUUUCAUACCCUUAAAACUUUGUAGCUGUUUCCUCUAUGAAAGCUUUUUUGAAAUCUCCUGUAGAAAACUUGUUUACAGCUUAUUAACACUUCAGUAGCAUAAAAGCUUUUAUAAUGUACUAUCUUGAAAGCUUUUGAAUAUUUCAUUCAGAAAACUUUUUUCCUUAUAUUUUGAAAAUCUAGAAUGUUACUAACACUUCAAUAGCUGAUAUAUUUUUUGAGUUUACAGACUCAGAGUAUCCAAAAAGUCAUUUUUAAGGUGAAAGCUUUUGAAUAUGAAAGUAAAUUGUAAUGAUUAAGAGAAAGACUUUCUACGUCUUCUAAAUUGUUUAUCUAACUGAAAAAGAGCUUUUUUAUGCAAAAUGAUCAACUUGAUAUGGUUUUUACAAAGUAAGAUUUCUAAAAGCUUAAGAAGAUCUCUAUCAAUUUCAAGGUAAACGUAAAUAGGUAUGAGCUUUAAUCAACAGAAAUACAUUAAAGUUUAUGGUAUUUAACAUUUUGAUUUUAAAAUACUUUAUUUAUUUUUAUCUUAAAAUAAAGUAGAAUUAUACUUUUUUAUGGAAAUUUCUUAAAAAUAAUAAAAUACGAAUAUAAGACAUUUCCUGUUUGGAUUUUCAACGAAAAAAAAGCUCUUUAUCAACACUUGAUGCUUAAAAAUCUUCAACAUGGAAAAUAACAUACACACAAAAUUAUUGAGGAGGUCAGUUCGGCAUAAAUUCCAAAAUGAACUUUUUUGUACAAAACAAAAGAUCAAAAAAAAUCACAUGAUACAAAGAACAGCGCAAUGAAAUGAAUUUGUAGUAUUUGUGGUUAAAGUUUUUUAUAUAAAUUUUGGUGUUUUUCGCUCUUUUUGCUAUAUUUUUUGCAAAAAAAAAAAACAAUCCCUGGCAUUUUAUUGGUACGAGUAAAAGUAAAUUUUGAUGAGGAGCCUCUUUACAAAAAAGUGCAUAACAAAGAAAAUAUAUAUUUUUGUACAUACUAUUUUGCCUUGGUUGCAUUGACCACAAAGACCCAGUGAUAGUCCCUCAAACCUUUAUUAUAACAGAAUAUAAACUCUUACAUAUACCCAUCGUACAUACAUACAUACAUAGUUCUUGUGCUAAAAACCAUGGUUUCACUGAAUUCUGGCUGACUGCCGGUCGUUUGAACUAACAAAAAAAAAAAGAAACUAGUGACGCCAAAAGUACAAUGGCUUUGGCUACGCUUAUUUAUUUAUUUUUAUAGUAUAUGUAUAAAUUUGAUGCUUGAUGCAACAAAAAUACAACAUAAUAAAAACGGAGCAGAACACACUUUCCUCAAAUCAAUUCUAAGAGAGAUGAAACUUUAAAGUCCAUCAACUGUAAACGACCAAAGCUUAUUGUAUUUGAAGAGGCUGGCAAUAGCGAGGAAGAUGUUGUUGCUGCUGCUGCUAAUGAUGAUGCCAAUGAUAAAAAUGCCGGUUGUUUACAGAAUAUAUUUAUUACACAUUUCGCAAAAAAAAGAUGAAGUGCAAAAAGUUGCAAAAACUUAGUCAUAGCUUUAGAAUUUUAAAGAAAUUAAAACUCUUUAAUUUCAAGGAAAUUCAAAUUCUUUAAUGUUAAAAAAAUAUUAACGCAAAAGGUCGUUUAUUAAACACCUUAUACAUUACUUGUCAGGGGUUUGGUAAUGUCUGGCUUGCUAAUGUAAGCUUUUGCUAGCAAAUUCUUUACAUAACAAUGUGACUGUUGUUAUUUUGUCUUGUUUGCUGUUAUACUAGACUAAAAAGCUUAUACAUAUUAUGAAAUUUUUCUCUAGUCUGGAAACAUAUUUUCUCUUAUAAAUUUUCAGCAAUUUUCUGCUUUUUAAUACCAUUUUUAUUAUUUUUUUUUAAGAAUAAAUUCUUUAUUUUCCUGGCAUUUUUUUCAUAACUCUGCAAUCUGCUCAUUUAUUUAAUUUUUGAAAUAUUUUUUUUUUUCAGAAAAACAAACGUUUAAGAAAUAGAGGCGAAAUAUUGCGUUUUACACCUUGUUUAAAACUUGUUUUAUUAGUAAGCUUUAAAAAACAAUAAAAACAACAGAGACACAAUUGAAAAAAAAACAAAACUCUUGCAAUAAUUUAAUUACAGCACUUAUGUACAUAUGUAACAUCUGUAAAGAUUCCCUAAAGACCAGUGAAAUGCUAACUAAGGCACGCAACUCUUAGAUAACCAGAAAACAGAAAGCUUUUUUGAAAUAGUUACUUGCAUUAAAAACGUCCGAACUUCUUAGAUAACCAACUUAUUAUCUAAAGAUCCUUCAGUAAUCUUAAAUAGCUAAUGAACAGUUACAUUAUUUGAAAGCUUUUAAGCUUUUCCACUUAAAAAGUUCUUUGUUGUUUAAAAGAUUACUUACGUAGUCUCAAAGGUUCUCAAUACACGAUUCAAAAGCUUUUGAAUUUUGCAGCUCAGACAUAAAACUUAUAUAAUCAACGCAGAGUCUUAACAUCUUGCAGAAAGCUUUUCUUAAGCAAAUUAUGAACGAAUGUAUUAUUUAAAAGCUUUUAAGCCACUUUACUUGAAAGCUUUUUUUGUAGUUCAAUGUAUAGAAAUCUCUUUAAAAGUACGACUUAAAAACUUUUGAAAAUACAGCUAAAGCUUGACACUGUAUAUCUUUCAGGUAUCCAAAACAGCUGCUAAACAGUUACAUAAUUUGAAAGCUUUUAAACUAUUUUACUUAAAAGUUUUAUAGUUAUUCAACCGUUAGAGCUUUCAAACCCAGAGUAUCUAAGAAGUUAUUUUUUUGAUUUUCUAGCUGAAAGCUUUUUAAUUACAAAAUUAAUUGUAAUGAUAAUGCGGAUAGGCCCUUCUUUAUUCUUAACCUAAGUCUCUUCAUUUCCUUUCCUUUAGUUUUUUGCUUUAAUCAUUAUUAUGAUGUGAGCUCAUUUAUUUUUAUUUUUUUUUAUAUUCCUACUUCUAUCUUUAUGCGAAUAUUUGUUGUGUUUUUUUGUGUGCGCUGUAAUGAUUUCAUAAAAGUGUUUAAGUUAUGCGUCAGCAUUUUAUUAUUUUGUGCAACAUUUAAAACACUUUAUGCAUGAUAUUUAUGAUUAAUACGUUUAAACUUAAAACGCAAUAAAAAAAUAUUUUAAAUACAUUACACAUUACUGGUUAUAAAAUUAACUCUUUUCGAGUGUAUAACUACAACAAAGCUCAGAGAUUUGGUUAACUUAGAUACGAAUAGGUCUUUUGUGAAUACUUCUAAGUAAAAAAAAGCUCUUAAAAUAAGACAAAUUUUGUUUACUCCUUGAAACAGACAAAGCUCUACCUCGCUCAAAUCUUUUAAAUCAAAAUAUUUUGUUUUAAUUUCCUUGAAAUAUUAAUCAAAAUUCAUAUUUAAUUAAUUGCAAAGUUUAUUUUGAAUCAAAAAUUGCAUAAAUACUUAAAGCACUCCAAAAGGUAUACAAUGAAUAUGCUUAUUUAUUAACACACUAAAAGUAUGCUACAUAAAAUUUCCAGUAAUUUACUAAAAAAAAUAAAACAACAAAAAACGCGAAAAACAACAGUGCUCAUUAAAAUUAAAUCUACAAUUAUAUUUACAUUUUACAAAAUAAUAAAAAUAAAAAAGAAACACAACUUCAAACUUUUUUUAUAUUUAUCAGCCCUCUUUAACUUUAUUUAGCAUUCUUUGAGUGCGAGUGUAUGUGUAAAUUUAAAGCACUCAAAUGAAAAAUAAAUAUAAAAAGAUGUUUUCCCAAAAAUCAUAAAAAUAAAAUAUUUAAAUACACUGAAACAAUUGUUUUGAAAACAUCAAAUGUUUAUUUCAGUUGUAACAACUAAAAUAUUCAUAUAAUAAUUGUCUCAAAUAAACACACAUCUGUUGUCUCAACCAGUAUAAGUCUCCUGAAAAUUAAGGGCGAAAGCUUAAUUAAAUUUGUUGAUUUCUGAUUAGUUGUGGCAACUAAAUUUCUUUGGUUAGUCGAAUACUUUGAUUUUGUUAAAUAACUUUUUUAGUUGCUGCAAUACAAAUUACAUGGAGGUAACUACAAAAUCUAAAGAUAACAAAACUUUUUCUGUGUAUUAUCGAGAACAGCAGCAUAAUGAAAAUGUAUUCAAGAAUUCAUUAAUGAAAUUAUGUAAAAAUAUAAAAUGUAUGUCUGUAUACGCUUCAUAUUUACUUAUAUUUUAAGAAAAACAAAAACCCAAAUAACAAUGGUGAAAUUAUAACAUCAUAUAACUAACAUUUGUUCCACUUCAAGAAAUAAUGAUAAACAAUAUCAUCAGACAUAAAAAAGAAACCUUUUUGUUAACUUUUUUUCUUAAUUAUUAUAAAAUGUUAGUUAAGUGGUCUCAAUCUUUCACCAGCUUCAUAAAAGCACCCAAAAAAAACGAACAAUUUGUGAAGAGCAAGAAAUGAAAAUAAAAAGCGAAAUUCAUAACAAGGUGCAUCAGGCAUUGGGAUAGAUUACAACCAAAAAAAAAAACUAGUUGCAGAGUAUAGCUUUUUGUUUUUAUUGUAAAGCCAUCCGAGUACUUAAAUGUGGUACAAGUACAAUUCCAAUAAUGGGGUAGUUGUUAUGGCAGCAAAAUAAACCAAAAGAAAAAUCCUUAUAUGAACAAAAAUUCAAGUACAAAAAAACAAAAAGCAAAUAAAGUGCAAAACAUAUGCAUACA